AUAUUGGUUCUGUUAUGUGUUGUAUAGUUGUCACUUGGUCUGAGACAUGGCUGUAGACUCCUAUAGACAACAACCUUACAUCCUGAGGAGCCAUGUCUCACUAGCUUUCUGCUGUCAUAACAAAGCUAUCCUGAACCUGGUAGCCUGUUAAACUGUAAACCUGUGUACUGAAUCAGACUUGUAGUGGUGUUGUUGUCCUGUGUCUGUGUGACAGGAAGCUGAUGAAGAAGCUGAGUAUGGAGCCUCCAGAGAGGAUCACCAGCCUACAGACUCUAUGGGACAACCACAAAGUAGCAGAACCAGGACCGUGUGGUGGUUUCUCUCAGAUGUACAGAUGUGUAUGUGACUGGCUGGGUCUGCCCUACAGAGAGGAAGUUCAAUGGGAUGUAGACACCAUCUAUCUGACUCAAGACACACGGGAUCUCAGCCUGCAGGACUUCAGUCAUCUGGAGAAUAGGUGAGUCACUAGGUUCAAGACACACGUGAUCUCAGCCUGCAGGACUUCAGUCAUCUGGAGAAUAGGUGAGUCACUAGGUUCAAGACACACGGGAUCUCAGCCUGCAGGACUUCAGUCAUCUGGAGAAUAGGUGAGUCACUAGGUUCAAGACACACGGGAUCUCAGCCUGCAGGACUUCAGUCAUCUGGAGAAUAGGUGAGUCACUAGGUUCAAGACACACGGGAUCUCAGCCUGCAGGACUUCAGUCAUCUGGAGAAUAGGUGAGUCACUAGGUUCAAGACACACGGGAUCUCAGCCUGCAGGACUUCAGUCAUCUGGAGAAUAGGUGAGUCAGUAGGUUCAAGACACACGGGAUCUCAGCCUGCAGGACUUCAGUCAUCUGGAGAAUAGGUGAGUCACUAGGUUCUAUCUCAUACACUGUAGUACUCUAUCAUGGCAGCUACUGAACAGUAAUACACUUUGUCAUAUUUUCUAACAUUAAUGUUAAAGGGGAAAUCCGCAGUAACAAAGCAAUAACAAAGCGUUGUCCCACUACUGUUUCGGUAAAAAGCUGAGGGAUGUGGCUAAAGUAACCAGUCUCAGAUGAAUAGACAGAGCUCUGGGUGGAAGGACAGACCAUCCAUGAUAUACACUGGUUGUUUGCAUUAACUUUGUUCACAAACAAUCGAGUAAAACACACUUAUAUUUUGCGUUCUGAUGGGUACGACAGUU